CAAGGCUUCGGGCGCCUGCGUAGUCGGGGGCGCGGGAGAGAGAGAGAGAGAAGAGAGCGAGCCCGAGGGAAGGAAGGAGGGAGAGAGAGAGAGAGAGAGGAGCUGGGUGCCGCCUCGCCUCAAGGCGGAGGAAGACGCGGGGCUCCAACUCCGAAGGCGAGAGAGAGGAGGGAGGGGAGUGCGAUAGGGGAGAGAAGGGAGAGCAAGAGAGCGGGAGAGCAAGGCUAGGCUCGGGAAAGGGGAAAGGGACGAUCGCGGAGCCCCUGGCGCUCUCCCUGCCGGGCCAUGGAGUCUGCCGCCAAGGAGGGCGAGCGGGGCCCGGGGGCGCCGGGGGAUUCGGGCCGGGCGCCCACCUCGGGCUCGGGGGGCGGCGUGGUGGUGCAGGUGCGCGAGAAGAAGGGCCCCCUCCGCGCCGCCAUCCCCUACAUGCCCUUCCCGGUGGCCGUCAUCUGCCUCUUCCUCAACACCUUCGUGCCCGGAUUAGGGACAUUUGUGUCGGCCUUCACAGUGCUGUGCGGAGCCCGGACUGACCUUCCUGACAGACACGUCUGCUGUGUGUUUUGGUUGAAUAUUGCAGCUGCUCUGAUUCAGAUCCUCACAGCGAUUGUGAUGGUUGGCUGGAUCAUGAGUAUAUUUUGGGGAAUGGACAUGGUCAUUCUUGCCAGUUUCUUUCAUGUUUUCUAAAUCAUCAACACAGUUUCACAAGCGGAACGGAGAUGCCGAGCAGCAGAGAAUGACCUUCACUGAUCACUCUGGCAGCCAACUACACUUUGGCAGAUGAAUUUUUGGACUGGCGCAGCCACCCCCUUGGCCUGAUGGGCAAGCCAUUUCAAAAGCGGGAGGAAGCCAUUGGCUAGACGGGCAUCGAGGAGGAUGGUGCUGGAGCAGACAUCAGCAGAAGGGGACCUGCUAGUUAGAGAUGUUGCUGUUUUCUCCACCCACGGGGUGGGGAACACUCAGAAACAUUUCACUCCUUUGUGACUUGCUGAGAAAACAGCCCUACUGUGAAUAGCAAAGGAGGAGAGAAAAUAUUUAUAGAUAUGUGUACAAGAUGUAAACACUUUGAUGGGAUAACAUGUUUCCCAAGAGACAAUAUUUGACUAUUUUCUGGGUGCAGAAGAGAAGGCUUCAAAUGUGGCCUUCCUUGCUCUGUGUGUUUUGUAUGUGUGGUUUUUAACAGUAAUCUUUGACAAUUGGAUUUCUGUAGCCAUCAUGAGAUUUUGCUUGCUGUUUUCAUAUAUCCUUUGUCUUUGUUAAGGUUAUUUAGGUUCAGCUCUUUAUAUGUUCUUUCUCUGUCAUCUCCCAGCCUUCUGAAUGCUGAAAAGAAAUUUUGAUAUGUCGCUUGCUUGCAAACAAGAAGCUGGUUCUUGCCAAGAUGCAUAAUCACUCUAUGCUUUUAGGGGUGGGAAUGUAAGGGGAAAGUUUUAAAAGAUUAUAAUAAGGGGGCUUCAGUUUUGUUGUAGUUCAUGAAGAGUGGGGAAAGGAAGAUUUCCCACUGAAGCUUCUGAACAAAGUGUGCUGCUAAAUGUUACUGUACUUUUGGAAAUGUGUAUAUACAACAGAUUGUAUUUUGUAGCCUGUAUGCAGUAAAGCUGUGACCUCUUGUCUACA